AUGGUUGAAUUUUUAACUAAAGGCUUCAAUUUUGUACCAAAUACGAAGCCUAACCUUGCUCAUUUGUUGUGUGAUCUUAAAAUAUUUGUUCGUAAAAUGAAUUUAAACGUUAUGUUUGGUAACUCAAAUUUUCUUUUAACAAACGAACAUGUGGCAAGCAUUUUUAAUCCUCCGUUAGAUAACAGUCUGGCACUGUUUGAAAGAAUGUCAGAAAUUCACUUUAGGGCCUUAAUAGCUGAUUAUUAUCGCAACUUGGGUAUACAAAAUAGUAGCAUUUCACUAGAAGAAAGGGAUUUAAUUGAAUAUGACAAGGUUCAUAAUAUUCGUGUCAUGCAACCAGACAAAGGGGGUGGGGCUAUUUUCAUGGACGAAGUAGACUAUGAAAAUAGAAUGUAUAACAUGCUUUUGACUACAAAUUAUGUUAAGGUAUCAUUGAAUGAAUUUAACCAAGCGUAUCAACGCAUUAAAACAUUUCUAAGUGAUUUGUUUAUUGAUGCAGUUAUUUCUAUUGAUACUUAUCAUUAUUUAACAAUGCAAGCACCUUUAACACCUGUUAUUUUUGGGGUUCCUAAACUUCAUAAGAAUAUUUAUGACCCUCCCUUGUGGCCUAUCAUUGAUGGUCAUAAAUCUAUUACAUAUGCUUGCGCUAAAUGGGUAGAUCUAAGGUUGAAAGAAGCGUUGAAAUCAGAAGUUCAAAUUUGUCGUGAUUCAUGGCAUGUUUUACAGCACCUCAAUAAAAUACCCUUUGAUGCAUCUUAUGGGUUUCUUACGGUGGACAUAAGGGAUCUGUACACUGUGAUUCCACAGGAUGAGGGUAUGGAAUGGGUUUUCCAGACGGUGAAAAAUGUACACUUUUAUACUAAGACUGGAGAGGAAAUAUAUUUUGAUGAAAAUGGAGAUGCAGUGAUUCCAUAUGAAAUUGUAAAUAUACAGAUAUUACCAGAUGAUACUUUCCGCCUAGUAAAAGUAGGCAGAAUGGUACCUGGAGCUCCUCUUGGCAAAGAAGUCAGCAUCAGUGUGAGUUCCAUCUCAUGGAAUGAAAAAUACACUAAGGUUCCAAGAUCAGUUUGCAGUGAAAGCUGCCUUCCGGGAUACAGGAAGAUCCUCAGAAAGAGCCAGCCAGUUUGUUGCUUUGACUGUAUUCCAUGCUCGUCAGGAGAAAUAACAAACCUUACAGAUUCUUUAGACUGCUGGAAAUGCCCAGAAGAUCAGUGGCCUAAUGAAAACUGCGAUGCCUGUAUCCACAAAGUGAUUGAGUUUCUAUCCUAUGCAGAGCCCUUGGGUACAACUCUAGCUGUCAUUGCUUUGUUCAUGACUCUCCUCAAUGUCUCAGUCCUGGGGAUUUUCAUUAAACACAGAGACACACCAAUAGUCAAGGCCAACAACAGACAGCUUAGCUAUAUUCUUCUUUUGGGGCUAAUGCUGUGUUUUCUUUGUUCAUUAAUAUUUAUUGGAAAUCCAACAUCAGUAACAUGCCUGCUUCGGCAAAUGAUAUUUGGCAUAACUUUUUCUCUUAGUGUCUCUUUAGUUUUGGCAAAAACCAUCAUUGUGGUUAUUGUUUUCAAUGCCACCAGACCUGACAGCAAACUCCAAAGACUGCUGGGACCAACUGUUCCUAAGUUAGCAGUUUGCUUUUGUUUCAUAGGGCAAGUUAUUAUAUGUGUUGCUUGGAUGAUAUAUAGCCCUCCUUUUGUAGAAUUCAAUUUGAAGUAUGUAAAUGGAAAAAUAAUAACUGAGUGUAAUGAAAAUAAUGUAACAUUCUUCUAUUGCAUGCUGGGAUAUCUAGGGUGUUUAUCUUUUGUGUGUUUUGUUGUUGCUUUCUUGGCAAGAAAUUUGCCUGAUGCAUUUAAUGAAGCAAAAUUCAUUACCUUUAGCAUGCUCGUCUUUGUCAGUGUGUGGCUGUCAUUUUUACCUGCAUACCUGAGUACACAAGGUAAAUACAUGGUUGCAGUAGAGAUAUUUGCCAUCUUAGCUUCAAGUGCUGGAUUACUCAGCUGUAUAUUUUUACCCAAAUGUUAUAUUAUUUUAUUUCAGCCUCAGAAAAAUACAAGGAAGCAUUUAAUAGGCAAUGUUCCGUAA